UAAAAUGACCUGCUCUUGUCUUUCCUUUCAAUGGCCUUUUUCGGCUCUCUCUAUCGCCUCCCAUAGAUGUAGAGAUUAUUCCUUUCUUCUUCUUCUUCUCUUUCUUUCUCAACAAUCUCUCCUCCUUCUUCCUUAAUACUCUUCUAUUCUCCUAUAUAGUCUCACUUUGAAAGAGCAAAAAAAAUAAAACCGUAUAGCAAGGAAGAAAAAAAAAUAAAAGAAAAAAUAUGGUGAUGAAGUUACCUUAUCUGAGCUCUUCUUUGUUCUUGGUUUUGACUUUGCUUUCUGUUGUUGUUUCUGGGUCUGAAAAGAGGCUUCCAAUUCUGUCAUUUGAUGAAGGGUAUUCUCAGUUGUUUGGAGAUGAUAAUCUAGUUAUCCAUAGAGAUGGUAAAGCUGUUCACUUGUCUUUGAACGAGAGAACAGGGUCUGGAUUUGUGUCACAAGACCUUUACUUGCAUGGUUACUUCAGUGCAUCAAUAAAGUUACCUGCUGAUUAUACUGCUGGAGUUGUGGUUGCAUUCUAUAUGUCAAAUGGUGAUAUAUUUGAGAAGAACCAUGAUGAAAUAGAUUUUGAGUUCUUGGGUAACAUUAGAGGCAAAGAUUGGAGGAUUCAGACCAAUGUUUAUGGCAAUGGAAGCACCAGUGUUGGCAGAGAAGAAAGAUACAAUCUUUGGUUUGAUCCUGCUGAUGAUUUCCAUCAGUACACGAUUCUCUGGACCGAUUCUAAUAUCAUAUUCUAUGUAGACAAUAUCCCCAUCAGGGAGGUUAAGAGAACAGCUGCUAUGGGUGGAGACUUCCCUUCUAAGCCAAUGUCUUUGUAUGCUACAAUAUGGGAUGGGUCUGAUUGGGCUACUAAUGGUGGCAAAUAUAGAGUCAAUUACAAAUAUGCUCCUUAUGUUGCCAAAUUCUCUGACCUGAUCCUUCAUGGCUGCACGGUUGAUCCGAUUGAAUUUUCAUCAAAGAGGUGUGAUAGCACCCAAAGUUUGGAAGAGCUCUCUACUACUAUCACACCAUCACAAAGAAGCAAGAUGGAUAGCUUUAGGAGGAAGCACAUGACAUACUCCUAUUGCUAUGACCAAACCAGAUACAAGGUUCCUCCUUCUGAGUGUGUGCUCAAUUCCCAGGAAGCAGAAAGGCUUAAAAAGUUUGAUCCGGUUACGUUUGGAGGAGGCAGGCGCCACCACGGGAAACGACACCACCGCAGCCGAGCAAGCCGGUCUCAGACUGAUUCCAUCUAAAUAAAGAGACCUUACCUAGAAUUGUUUUGUGGUUACAUGUGGGCAUUAUUUUCCUCUCCUUUCCAUUCAGUUUGAUUAGUUGGUGGUCAGUUUUGUGCAUAGAGAGGGGGAGAGAGCAUAGAUAUUUAUUGAGGGUGAUAGAGAUCUUAUAUGUUUCAUGAUGUGGGUAUGUGUAUAGGUCAUACCUUGUAGGUUCCCAGUUCAUUUUUAUCAUUGAUGUUGUCUUUCUGGUUUUUACAGAUUGAAAUUUGGUGAUGAUUUUCUGUACUUUCUACACACCCUCAUGGGUUCAAUAAAUAUUUUAUUGUAUAUGGACUUUAUACUUUUAUUUA